AAUCGAGCACAGUAGCAAACAUCAACAAUGACUGGCCGUGGCAAAGGAGGCAAAGGACUCGGAAAGGGUGGCGCCAAGCGUCAUCGCAAGGUUUUGCGUGAUAACAUCCAAGGUAUCACCAAGCCCGCCAUCCGUCGUCUGGCUCGUCGUGGUGGAGUCAAGCGCAUCUCCGGUCUCAUCUACGAGGAAACCCGUGGUGUGUUGAAGGUGUUCCUGGAAAAUGUCAUCCGUGAUGCCGUCACGUACACUGAACACGCCAAGCGCAAGACCGUUACCGCCAUGGAUGUCGUCUACGCUCUGAAGCGUCAGGGACGUACCCUGUACGGUUUCGAGGCUAAAUUGCAUACGCAUUGCCCCCCUCCUCUCUCAAAACGGCCCUUUUCAGGGCCACCAAACACAUUCCCCAAAGGAGUUGAAGCUAGAAUAUUUUCUGUAGCCCUGUAGCUCGAGUAUCAUGUAUAUUGGUGGUUGAAAUAAAUCGUAACAGCAGUGUAGUAAGUGGAUGGUUGUAACGUUUCCAUUUGCUUUGCUCGGUGACAGUCAUUGGGAUAAACGCGUCUACGCAUUCCGUCACAUCCGCAAUUCGAUUCGUUUCGAUAGAUGCGCACUACGCCGAACUUGAACCGAUCGAGUCUCUGGCAGAGAAAAAAAAAAAAAAAACGCACAAUCGGCUCAGUAGGUACACUAGGUUGACCAAAUAUGUGCCGUUGACAUGCAGUAAAAAUUAGAUUUAUUAUAUCUUCGUAUCAUGCAAACAUGCAUUCACUUCGUUCCACGUUCAAUGGUGGAAGGCAAAGAUAACUUUGCAGAGUUAGUAAUUUUAUUGACAGCGCAGUAAAAAGUAAAUUCGUAAAAUGGAAGAAAAAAAAAAAAGCGAAUAUAAACAAAAAAUCAUUAUUAGGCAUAGUUUAUAUUAUUCAGAUAUUAUUAUUAAUAUCUUUAUUAAUGAGGUUUUCGGCCCCUCGUAUUAUUCAGAUAUUUCAAUACCAAACGAAUAACAAAAUGUGCUAUUGUAAAACACAGCGUAUGUUAUUGUCUGCAGUGUUUUUUUUUUGCCUACAAAUUGUUGGUACUCCUUUGGUAUUUUACCAUUUAUGCAAGGCUAGGUCAUAACAGAGUAUAGUAUCAAUAACCGAAUGAGGCAUUAAUGAAUUGAUUUCCGAAUCAGACGUAAAUAAAAUUAGACGAACGAAACGU